AUGUCGACGAUGGUACCAACCCCUGCAGACAUUGCAGGAUGGCCUGCACCGAACUACGUGAAUCCGGAAACCCGUCGACCUUUAGUGUUAAGCGUUGAGAUACCACUGUGCAUUCUUGUGAUAAUGUUCACGUUCGUGCGAUUCUACAGCAGAACGGUCAUUAUUCAAGCUUUGGGAGUGGAUGACUGGUUUAUGUUGGCAGCAACUAUAAUAUCCGUUGGGACCAGUAUAAUGACAUGUGUAUCAACUCUCCCCGCGUAUCAGACGGGUUAUCACGCGUGGGAUCUGCGCCCUGAAAUUGCGGCCAAUCCUGUGAAGACAGCUCAGAUGGCUAUGGCUACUCAGCUCCUCUUUGUCCCCAUCACUGGCUUUACCAAGGUGUCUAUCCUUCUGACUUAUUUACGCAUAUUCCCCUCCAACACGACUAGGUGGUUCUGCCAUAUCUUAUUGUGUUUCACAGCAGUUUGGGCAGCUGUAUCUUUCUUCCUCGCCCUCUUCCAGUGCAGGCCAGUCCAAAGUUACUGGUUAAUCGCCCAAUACCCGGACCGAAAAUGCAUGAAUGUGGCACUGCUAUACUAUAUCACGGGAGGCUUAAACAUCUUAAGCGAUUUUCUGAUCUUUCUUUGGCCCGCGAAAGAUCUCGCCAAGAUCCAAAUAUCGACGCGACAGAAAGUCACGCUCAUUGCGAUGUUUUCUCUAGGAAUCAUUAUUUGCAUAGCAGGCGUUUGCCGAAUUUGGUAUACCUCUGUCUACCUCGCCUCAUAUGAUACUCUCUGGAACGGGUCCACACUCUACGCCAUUAUAGCCAUCGAGACCAGCAUCGGUAUCGUCUGCGGUUGCCUCCCAGCCUGCAAACCCCUCAUGUCGAAAAUGCUUCCCCAGAUCUUCGCCACAUCCCACGGCUCGAACCACCGUUCCUCC